AUGGCACCAACGACAACGGGUAGUGGCAAGAAAAACCCAUCACUGAAGACGCUUCAGACCAAAUUGAAGACGUACCUGAACAUGUUUAAGGAUAUUCGUAAGUUUGUGCAAGCGUUUAGUGUUGAAACAACUGCGAACCAGGUGACGGUACGUCUCGAGAAGCUGGAAGACUUGUGGGAGAAAGUGAAUGACGUCAUAUUGGAGAUUGAAAUCCAUGAAGAUUACACUGCAGAGGAUGAGAGUUACAUACAGCAGCGUUCGGAGUUUGGUAACGAUUAUUAUGAGGUAAAAUCGUUGCUGUUGGAUAAAAUUAAGCAGUUUGAUGAGCAACCCUCAAUGAAUGCUUCAGUUCGCGCGCUUGAUACUACGCAGCAGCCUACAAUCGAGCAUGUUCGACUUCCACAAAUCAAAUUGCAAACCUUUGAUGGCAAUAUUGAUGAGUGGUUAAGCUUUCGCGACCUGUAUACUUCGCUUAUUCAUUGGAAGGCUGACUUACCCGAUGUAGAGAAGUUUCAUUAUUUGAAGGGAUGCCUGGCGGGGGAAGCAAAAGCCUUGAUAGAUCCACUAUCUAUUACUAGGGCAAACUACCAAAUUGCCUGGGAUACGCUGACAAGGCGGUACAACGAUAGCAAGGUGUUGAAGCGGAGGCAAGUUCAAGCGUUAUUUAAAUUGCCAUCUUUGUCAAAGGAAUCAGCCACCGAAUUGCAGACGUUAUUGGAAGGUUUUGAGCGAGUAGUGCAGACACUGGAUCAACUUAUACAACCGGCAGACUAUAAGGAUCUGCUGUUAUUGGAUAUUUUAUCUACGCGUUUGGACGGUGGGACAAGAAGAGCGUUGGAGGAAUAUUCGUCGACAAGGGAGCGUGACACAGUGAAGGAUUUGUGUGAGUUUCUACAACGGAGGGUACACGUUCUCGGAGUGUUACCCGCUAAACCUACAGAACCCAAGGCAGAGUCUUCUCGGCAGUUCAGAAGAACUCAAAAUCCCACUCGUUAUAGUCACAAUGUUGUUCAAAAUGCUGUUGGAAAAUGCGUAGCGUGUUCAGAGUCGCAUUUGCUCUAUCAGUGCCCAGCCUUUCGACGACUUUCAGUUCCUACACGGGAUAAGAUGGUUCGGACACACUCUUUGUGUAUAAACUGCUUCAAACGAGGACAUCGGGCCACGGAAUGCCCAUCAAAAUACUCGUGUGGUAUGUGCAAGGAAAGGCAUAACACACUUGUGUGCUUUAAAUCAGAGAACAAUAAGGCUGUUAGGGAAAAGCCUAAGGACACAACGGGGAGCAGAGAGGCUUCAGCUCAGGUUGCUAGUGCAUCGACUACGCCAGUGUCUUCGAAUGUGUCAGGGUAUCGUGCAUCGUCCGUGUUACUCGCUACGGCGGUUGUUUUAGUGGAGGACGAUGAAGGACGUUCUAUUCCGGCUAGAGCCUUGUUGGAUUCCGGCUCUGAGUGCAACUUUAUGACUGAAGGUUUAGGUCAACGUAUCAAAAUUAAACGGCAAAGGUCAGAUGUGUCAGUAUUUGGUAUAGGUGAAACUAGCACUAGAGUGAAACAAAUGACAACAACUACAAUCAGAUCACGAGUGUCAGGAUUUUCACGUAGAAUGGAAUUUCUACUUUUACCAAGAGUUACUGCAAAUCUUCCCAUUACUAAUGUAAAUAUGGCUGGAUGGGAAAUUCCGAGCGGCAUCGAAUUAGCAGACCCUGCAUUUUUUACAUCUAAAGCGGUGGACCUAGUGCUAGGCAUACAGCAUUUCUUUGCAUUUUUCAAUACCGGAAAUGAAGUUCAGCUGGGAGAAGGUCUCCCAACGCUCACCGAAUCGGUUUUCGGAUGGGUGGUUUCCGGAUCAGUGGAUGGUCCACAACGUGGUCAACGCAUUUCCUGCAAUAUGGCCGUCGGUUUGGAGGAAUUACUUGGUCGGUUUUGGUCGUGUGAGGAGAUUGGGUCUCCCACAAAUUAUUCUCCAGAAGAAUUACGCUGCGAAGAGCAGUUCGCUCAAACUGUGCAAAGGGGCUCGGAUGGUCGUUACACAGUUUCUCUGCCUAAGGUUGAAGGCGCAUUUGGUAGGAUUGGCGAUUCAAGGGACAUCGCUUUCCGGCGGCUUCAAGGUAUUGAACGGAGAUUGUCAAGGGACGCUGAACUGCGAAAUCAAUAUAAUCAAUUCAUGGAGGAAUACCGGCAGCUAGGACAUAUGCGUAGGGUUGACGUACCUUGCAAGGAGCAAGUAGUACGUUGCUACUUACCACAUCAUCCGGUCAUCAAGCAAGAGAGCACUACUACUAAGGUCAGGGUGGUGUUCGACGCAUCAUGCAAAACGGCGACAGGGGAGUCGCUAAAUGACAUUCUGCUAGCGGGACCGGUUAUUCAGGAUGAUCUUCGAUCAAUUAUUUUGCGAAGCCGGACGAAGCAGAUCUUAUUGGUUUCGGAUGUCGAAAAGAUGUUUCGACAGAUUCAGAUUGCGGAGGCGGACAGGCCGCUCCAAAGCAUUUUGUGGCGUACAGAUACUGGCGAGGACGCCGAAACUUAUGAGCUAACCACAGUUACUUAUGGUACCAAGCCCGCACCGUUCCUGGCAACAAGGACUCUCAAACAACUUGCUAUGGAUGAGCAAGCACUGUUCCCACUUGCAGCAAGGGCUGCUAGCGAAGACGUUUAUAUGGACGAUAUUUUAACGGGCAUCGACGAUGCGGAGGCAGCAUUGGAGAUGCGGGUCCAAUUGAUGGAAAUGUUAAGAAAAGGCGGAUUUCGGUUAAGGAAAUGGGCAUCUAAUUGUCCAACGGUAUUGCAGGGCAUACCAGAGGAAGACCUAGCAGUGAUAAAAGCAGAUGGAUACGAGCUAGAUUCUGAUCCCGCGGUAAAAACUUUGGGACUCAUUUGGCAUCCUAACAGGGACGUUCUGAAAUUCCGUUUUAAGAUUCCUGAGCUAAGUCAAGAUGAAAGACUGUCGAAACGAAAGGUUCUAUCGAUAAUCGCGACAUUGUUCGAUCCUCUAGGCUUGAUUGGAACGGUAAUCACGACUGCUAAGGUGUUUAUGCAGUUGCUGUGGUGUUUGAAGGAUGAAGACGGAAAGAAGCUGGAUUGGGACCAUUGGCUCCCAGCGAGCGUUGAGAGGGAAUGGAGGAACUUUCACGCUCAACUACCGUUUCUUAACGAGUUGGUAAUUAGGCGCUGUGUAAUCCGACCCAGGGCAAUUUCGGUAGAACUGCAUUUAUUCUCUGAUGCUUCUGAGCGCGCCUAUGUACGAAGCGUGGAUUCAGAGGGAACUGUUUCAGUUGUGUUGCUGACUUCCAAAUCUAAAGUAGCACCCUUGCAGUGCCAAUCCAUUCCACGACUGGAAUUGUGCGGGGCUCGGAUGGCCGCCGAACUUUCCAGCCAGGUUAUUAAGGCAAUUAAAAUGGAAAUAGAGGUAGUUUUUUGGACGGAUUCUACUUGUGUUCUACGAUGGAUUAAGGCAGCACCAUCGACAUGGACGACCUUCGUCGCUAAUCGUGUAGCGAAAAUUCAAACACUCACCGAAAAUAAAACCUGGCGGUACGUUCCAGGCACUGAAAAUCCUGCGGACUUGAUUUCAAGGGGAAUCAACCCAGAGCAAAUACAAACCAACAUACUAUGGUGGGAAGGACCCACUUGGCUCAAGGCUGAGAAGGAGCUCUGGCCGAAAGAUAUUACGGAACCGAUUGCAGAGGAGGCAACAAAGGAGGCUCGUCGUACAGCGGUACAUUGCAUUAGUCAGCAGGAAGAAUUCGGUGAUUGGUAUGUGAGAAAAUUUUCUUCAUUCUCGACAAUGAUAAGGACUACUGCAUGGUGGUUCCGACUAAUGGACCAUCUCAAAGGAGAGGGACUAGCUAAGCGAAAUAGCGGUUUUCUAAAAAUCACAGAGUUAAAAUUGGCAGAGCAGGCGAUAAUUCGACGAGUGCAACGAGAAGUUUUCAACGGCGAAUGGAAAGCCUUAUCAAGCGAUUCUAUCGUAGCGCGCAGUUCACCGUUACGCUGGUUCAAUCCACAAAUAUCAGGCGAGCGGUUGAUACGAGUUGGAGGACGAUUGGCUAAUGCUAUGAACAGUGAGGAAGCAAAACAUCCGCUCGUACUUCCAGCGAGACACCCAUUUACGAAAUUACUUUUGGAGCAUUACCACCGCAAGCUUCUACACGCCGGUCCACAGUUACUCAUUAGUGCGGUUAGGUUAAAGUAUUGGCCACUGGGAGGCCGAGCUGUAGCCCGACAGGUAGUGCAUCAAUGUCAACGUUGCUUUCGAGCGAAACCACAGCCAGUUCAGCAGCUGAUGGGCGAAUUACCGACAGUUCGAGUGACCGCCGCGCGGCCGUUCUCCAGAACUGGAGUUGAUUAUUUUGGGCCAAUCUAUGUUCGACCAGGCCCUCGUCGUACGGCUGUAAAGGGAUACGUGGCAGUAUUUAUUUGUAUGUGCACCAAGGCGGUGCAUUUGGAGUUGGUGACAGAUUUAUCUACGGAAUGCUUCUUGAAGGCGUUACGCAGAUUCAUCGCGAGAAGAGGUAUAUGUUCGGACAUUUUUUCGGACAAUGGCACAAAUUUCGUAGGGGCGCGAAACCAGCUGAAAGCCCUAUUCGAGUUGCUACGCAGUAAGGAACACCAAGAAGGCGUAACAAGAGAAUGUGCGAGAGAUGGAAUCCAGUGGCAUUUUAAUCCACCGAGUGCUCCCCACUUCGGAGGGUUGUGGGAAGCGGCAGUUAAGUCUGCGAAAUUCCACCUGCUGCGUGUUCUCGGGGACCACAUUGCGUCCAUUGAAGAUAUGUGCACAUUGCUGGCUCAGGUCGAGGGAUGCCUUAACUCAAGACCUCUAACAGCGAUGUCCGACGAUCCUAAUGAUCUACAACCGUUGACUCCAGGUCAUUUUUUAACUGGGGCAUCUCUGCAGCAGCUCCCAGAAUCGAAUUAUUCAGCAAUCCCUAUGAAUCGACUUAAGUGCUGGCAGGGGAUUCAGAUGAAGUUGCAGGAGUUUUGGAAAAGGUGGCAGUCGGAGUAUUUGGCCCAGUUGCAGGGCAGAACCAAGCGUUGGCGGCCUUCGGUACCAAUUACUGAGGGGCAGCUAGUGAAAUCCGGCGAUUUCAGCGUGGGCGAGGAUGUUGGCAACUUCGAAUAUCACAUACUCGAUAGUGAAUAUCACAAUCACGGGUCAUUUCAACCCAACCCUGUCGGUUGCGAGCUUAACGCUAAGCGGCAACUGUCAUCAUCAUCAUCAGUGGCAACACCUAGCAGCAAUUAUCCGAAAGAGGAUCAACUCAUCCGAUGGAGCUCUACGAUAAUCGGCCUGAGGCGGAGUGGAGUAAAACUUCGGUUUAGAGCUGAUUGGAGGGACGAGCGCGAACUUGGAUAA